GUAUGUAGGUAUUGGGGGAAGGGGAGGGAUCAACCGAAAAGCAAUGAAAGUGGUUUACAGCUCAGAUUUCAGUUCUUGCUGCUCCUAUAGAGUUCAACUCGCGAGUUACUCCUUUACAGGCAGUAAAGCUUCCCCAGUCUAAAAAUGUGGCAGAACGAAAUUUGGAUUAACUCUUGAUACAAACAGUAAAUUGAAAAUGCAGCUUGUGAACCUUACACAUUUUUACUCCCAAAUUCCUUUUUUUUAGCCACCUGCAUUUUUAAAAAUUGAAUUCUUGUUAUUUAGAGCUGAGAGGGCUCGAUUAGCGUAUGCUGUUAAUGACCAGUAUGUGGAGUUUGCUUUAUAUUUCCCGGAUUUGACUUUUUGGGUUGUAUUGUCAAAUCACAGUCCUAAGUGAUGAAUGUUGAAUGAUGCACUAUGUUUUUGUUUAAGUGAGGUUUCCUGAAAUUAAAUAAUUUCAGAACUAAGGGAAAUUGAUGUUGCUACCAUGACGCAUCCUAAAAAUACACAUUUUAAAAGCUGAAGGCAUUUCAAGCAGAGAUAGUUCUUGAUGAACCAGACAGAACAUGGACCUGGGAUUUGGAAGACCUGGCUUCUAGCUGCUACUAACUCUAUGACUCUGGGAAGGUGGCCCUCGGUUCCUUUUUUCUAUAACACGAAGAGAUUGGACUGUUUGAAUUCAGAUUCAGAGCUCAGAAGCUGGAAGGGAUCAUAAAGCCCUAUAAGAAAGAGUUUGGGAAUGUUCUCCAUUGCUGUCACUUUUCUUCCAAAAAUAACCUGGCUUGGAAGUCAUUGUUCCAAAGGGAAUUUGAUUCCCCAUAGAAAUUGGAGACAAGGUAAUGCGAUUAGAGAGGAACAGCUGUAUUUCUGCUUGAGUGAUAAACCCACUAAGAGAUUCUGGGACGAAUUUUGGAGACAUAAAGAGAAUGAGUGUAUGUACCUUAAGUGCACCAGUUUCCUCGCUCGCUCCUGGCCGAAGAUGCAGCACUUUUAGCGGUGCUGGGAUUCUGGGAUGUGUUCCUAUUAAUUCUAACACAGAUGAAGAUGGUGUGGUAGAGGGGAAGAUGGUGGCCGAAGGAAUGGAUAAAGAGGCAAGAUUGCCUGCUAAAAAGAAAAGGAAGAAGGGUUUACGGAUUAAGGGGAAAAGGCGAAGAAAAAAACUGCUCCUUGCAAAAAAGUUUAGUAAGGAUUUGGCAUCCGGGAGGCCUGUUGCGGAUGCGCCUGCUCUAUUAGCUUCCAGUGCCCAUGAGCAGGAUGAAGAAAGUCUUUUCGAGAGCAAUAUAGAGAAACAGAUCUACCUACCCAGCACCAGGGCCAAGACCUCCAUUGUGUGGCACUUCUUUCACGUUGACCCCCAGUAUACCUGGCGAGCUAUUUGUAACCUCUGUGAAAAAAGUGUCAGCAGGGGCAAACCAGGCAGCCAUCUGGGGACAUCUACUCUACAACGACAUCUGCAGGCAAGGCAUUCGCCUCACUGGACCAGGGCCAACAAAUUUGGAGUCACUAGUGGGGAGGAGGAUUUUCCUUUGGAUGUGCCUUUAUCUCCCUCUUCUGCUGGAAGCAGUGGAAGCUUUGAAUAUAUCUCUACUGAUCCAUUAGAUGAAAACAGAAUGGGUAAGAAACGCGAUAAAUCGGUAUCUGAUGCCCUGAGGGCAGAAAGAGGGAGAUUUCUCAUCAAAAGUAACAUUGUCAAGCAUGCCUUAAUUCCCGGGACAAGAGCCAAGACAUCUGCGGUUUGGAAUUUUUUUUAUACUGAUCCUCAGCACAUCUCAAGAGCCGUGUGCAAUAUAUGUAAACGGAGCGUGAGCCGGGGUAGGCCAGGUUCUCACUUGGGAACUUCAACGCUUCAACGACACUUGCAGGCCACACAUCCCAUCCAUUGGGCCGUUGCCAACAAAGACGGUGGUGCGGCUGGGAAUGGAUUAGAUGAGACUGAGACUGAGAGAAAUGAUCUCCUAAGCGAUCCUCUGCAUGGAGAGAAGUCUACAGGCAGCCACAGUUUAACAGCCGAGGACCUCAGUGACUCUGAUUCAGACGAACCUCCUGUAUUAGAGGUGGAAAAUAGUAGAAGAUCUGAGAGUCCUAAUCCUGUUGCAGAGCAAGACACUCUGACCCAUGCACAGGAGAGAGAAACAACAUAUUCCGAAAAUUCAGUCUCAAGUCAAAUAAGUCAGGCAAUUAUUCAGAUGAUUGUGGAGGAUAUGCAUCCUUACAACUACUUCUCAACCCCAGCCUUUCAGAGGUUCAUGCAGAUUGUGGCCCCCGACUAUAGAUUACCGUCUGAGACUUACUUUUUCACGAAGGCUGUACCUCAAUUGUAUGAUUGGGUCAGAGAAAAAAUUUUCUUAACUUUGGAGAACGUUCAAAGCCAAAAGAUCCACUUGACUGUGGACAUCUGGACCCACGACCCAUCCACGGACUAUUUCAUUGUGACUGUACACUGGGUCUCUUUGGAAACUGCACCUUCUAGUAACGGCAGGAUCCCCAAUUUUAGAAAGUGGGCAGUACUUUGUGUGACAGGUUUGGCCAAAGACUGUUUGAUAACCAACAUUUUACAAGAAUUAAAUGACCAGAUUGGUCUGUGGCUUUCUCCUAAUUUCCUCAUUCCUAGCUUCAUUGUUUCUGACAAUUCUUCUAAUGUGGUACACGCAAUCAAAGAUGGUGGUUUUACCCAUGUGCCAUGCUUCCUGCAUUGUUUAAAUAUAGUCAUUCAGGACUUCUUCUGUGAGCACAAAAGCAUUGAGAAUAUGUUAGUAGCUGCUAGGAAAACCUGUCAUCAUUUUAGUCAUUCAGUCAAAGCCCGUCAGAUACUGCAAGAGUUCCAAAACGAUCACCAGCUCCCGUGGAAGAAUUUGAAGCAGGAUGAAACUGGCCAUUGGAUUUCUACCUUUUAUAUGUUAAAAUGGCUCUUGGAGCAUUGCUAUUCAGUUCACCAUAGCCUUGGCAGAGCCAGUGGAGUUGUGCUCACCUCCCUUCAGUGGACUCUAAUGACUUACGUUUGCGAUAUUCUGAAACCAUUUGAGGAGGCCACCCAGAAAGUGAGUGUCAGGACCACAGGAUUGAAUCAGGUGCUACCCCUAAUCCAUCAUCUACUUCUUUCUCUGCAGAAACUCAGAGAAGAUUUUCAAAUAAGAGGUAUUACUCAGGCACUCAAUCUGGUGGACAGUUUAUCUCUGAAACUUGAAACUGAUUCCCUCCUGAGCGCCAUGCUCAAAUCCAAGCCUUGUAUCUUGGCUGCUUUGUUAGACCCUUGCUUUAAAAACCGUUUGGAAGACUUUUUCCCUCAAGGUGCUGAUUUAGAAACUUACAAGCAGAUCCUUGCAGAAGAAGUUUGCAACUAUAUGGAAUCGUCAGAGGUCUGCCAUAUUGCGACUUCAGAUGCUUCUGGUCCCUCAGGCAUCGUAGGAGCUGAUUCGUUUACCUCAUCUAUAAGAGAAGGCACCUCCAGUUCAGGGUCUUUUGAUAGCUCAGCUGCAGAUAAUGUUGCCAUUGGAAGCAAAAGCUUCAUGUUUCCUUCUGCCAUAGCAGUAGUGGAUGAAUACUUCAAAGAGAAGUAUUCAGAGAUCUCAGGAGGUGGUGACCCUUUGAUUUACUGGCAGAGGAAGGUGAGCAUAUGGCCAGCUUUGACCCAAGUUGCCAUUCAGUAUCUGAGCUGCCCCAUGUGUAGUUGGCAAUCUGAAUGUAUCUUUACUGCAAAUAGCCAGUUUCAUCCAAAACAGAUCAUGAGCCUGGACUUUGACAAUAUAGAACAGCUGAUGUUUUUGAAAAUGAACUUGAAAAAUGUUAACUAUGAUUAUUCUACAUUGGUUCUGAGCUGGGAUCCUGGGAAUGAAGUUAUUCAAAGCAAUGAAAAAGAAAUAUUACCUUAAUUUCUUUUUCCUUUUUCCAUUUGAAAUGGGCAACUUGUUGCUAUGUUACUGUAUCCUAAUUGCUAUAGUUGUUAAACAUAGUUACACUAAUUAUUCUUAAUACACACAUCUGGGGAAACCUGAAAACACAAAAAGUGCUGAAAAUUCCUCAGAGGUAAUAAUGUUGACAGAGUGAAGAUUAAAAAUUUCACAGUAGUAACUCAA